AGAUUAUCAUUGGACAAAGCCAUGUGCUUGUUGAUGCUUAUGAGCUUAAUCAAGAUAUUCGAUAAUCAAGAUUUCCAAGUAGUGUUCUUCUCUAUAUAUACCCAUCACUCUCCCUUGAGCUCUCCAAGUUCUCACUUUCCUUAGUCAAAACUCAAAAGCAAUAAACUUUCACUUGCAAUAAUCUUUUCUGAUUCAGAACAUCAAAAUCCAUGGCUAUCAGAAUUUCUCGUGUGCUGCAAUCAUCAAAGCAACUUCUGAAAUCGUUAUCACACUCUUCAAACAGUGUUGAUGUUCCAAAAGGAUACCUUGCGGUUUACGUAGGAGAGAGGAUGCAGAAGAGGAGAUUUGUGGUUCCAGUAACGUACUUGAGUCACCCUUGUUUUCAAAAACUUCUAAGGAAAGCAGAAGAAGAGUUUGGGUUUGAUCACCCAAUGGGUGGCCUCACUAUUCCCUGCACUGAACAAAUCUUCAUCGAUCUCGCCUCUCGCCUAUCGUGAUUCACGUGAAAUAGUAGAUCUAACCCUUUUUCCAGCCGUUUCUUUCAAAACAAUCUCUCUCCCUUGAAAGUGAAACAGAGCUAGAUGUCUUUUUUGACUGAUGUAACAUUCGUUUUAUUCCUCACAUUCAGUGAGUUGUUGUUGAUAUUAAUCAAACUCAAGAAUCAUGAUUCCUUCUA